UGCUUUUUGAUCAGAAUGAUUCAUUUUCAUGUGAUAUCCUCAUUCUUUUUAUACACAGUGUCACCUCCUAUGAAUCUGCAAGUUCGGGGAGUGUCCGAGAACAGCAUUGAUCUGGAGUGGGAGGGGCCUGUGAUCCUGACAGACUUUCUCAUCACUUACGCACCCACAACCCCUGGUGGAGUCCAACUGGAGAUCCGAGUCCCAGGAAAUGUUACCAACACCACCAUCAAAGGAUUGGAGCCGGGUCUGGAGUACACCAUCAAUGUGUACGCGGUGAUCGACAACAUCAUCAGUGCCCCACUGAACACCUUAGUCUCCACCUAUCUCACGAAUCCAGACGGUUUACUCUUCAAAUCCAUCAUGGAGACGUCCGUGGAGGUUCAGUGGCAACCCUUAGACUACUUGUUUGAUGGUUGGGAAAUAAGCUUCAUUCCCAAGGACAAUGAUGGAGGGAUGACAGCACAACUACCCAGUACCAUCACGUUGUUCCACCAAACAGGGCUGCGGCCUGGGGAAGAAUACACUGUCAACCUUGUAGCCUUGAAAGACCAAGGAAGGAGCCAGCCUGUUACUGCAACCAUUAUCACAUUGAUUGAUGGGCCAACACAACUUGUUGUACGAGAUGUCUUAGACACGGUUGCCUUUGUGGAGUGGAGCCCACCCAAGGCUAAAGUGGACCAGAUUUUAUUGCGGUAUGGGCUGGUAGGGGUGGAUGGACCAAAGACCAUCUUUCGCCUGCAGCCUACUCUGAGCCAGUACUCCCUCCAAGUCCUGAGGCCUGGAUCCACGUAUGAAGUAUCAGUCAGUGGAGUCCGGAAUGGCACUGAGAGUGAAGCCAUUUCCACAGAGUUUACAACAGAAAUCGAUGCACCAAAGAACCUGAGAGUGCUGUCAAAAACUUCCACUAGCCUGGAGCUGGAAUGGGACAAUAGUGAGGCAGAUGUAGAAGGCUACAGGGUGGUUUACAGCACACUGGCUGGUGAUCAGUAUGACAAAGUCAUUGUCCCACUCAACGAUGGCGCCACCACCAAAACUACUCUCACUGAUUUACUGCCUGGCACAGAGUAUGGCAUAGGAAUUUCAGCAGUUCUAGGUGCCAACCAAAGCACCCCAGCUACGAUGAAUGCCAGAACGGGUCUGGAUGUCCCCUUGGAUUUGACUGUCACAGCCUCAACAGACAACACCAUUACCCUGUUGUGGGGCACAGUGCAGGGGCCUAUUGAUCACUACAGGGUGACCUACACUUCCUCCACUGGAGUGACAACUGAGCUGACGGUGCCCAAGGAUGUCACCACCACCACACUGACAGGUCUAGAGCCUGGCACUGAGUACACCAUUACAGUUGCAGCACAGAGAGGCAGGCAGAAGAGCACUGCAGCCACUAUUGAUGCCUUCACAGGGUUCCGCCCUAUCACACAGCUCUUCUUCUCUGAUGUCACUUCUGAUUCAUUGACUGUGGCAUGGAGUGCACCGGCUCCGCCUGCUGACGCAUUCAUCUUGAACUACAAUGCUCAGGACUCCAGAGAUGAUUCUGAGAUUGCUCUAGACGGGUCCAAAACCGGUAUCACCCUCACUGGUCUCCUGCCCUCCAGGCGGUAUACUGUUACCUUGGUUACCAUGCAUGGCAAUGUGACCUCAAAGCCAGUUAUUGGCUCAGUCACAACAGGAAUGGACCCUCCCCGAGAUAUGACUGUGCUGUAUGUCACAGAGGAAUCUGUAACCAUUUCAUGGAUUCAACCAUACGCACCCUUUGAUUACUACAAAAUGUCUUACCAAUCACCAAAAGGUAGGGUGGAUAAUGUGGUGAUUGACAACGAUGUCACCAACUACACCUUAAGUAGCCUCCAUCCAGCGGCGGAGUAUGAAAUCAAGCUGAACGCAGUGAGAGGAAGCCAAGAGAGCAAGGUCAUCACCACUACUGUCUUCACAGCUAUGGACAUGCCUAUGGACCUCACUGCGUUGAAUGUUACACCUCAGGGGGCUCUGCUACGUUGGAACCCCCCUGUUUCCAGUGUUGAUAACUACGUGGUCACCCUCACCCGUAACCAAGUUAUGGCAGACACCUUCUUAGUGGAGGGUAACAAGCAGGAGUACCAGCUGAGUCAGCUCAUCCCCAGCACCACCUAUUCAGUGGCUCUUUAUGCCACUAAAGGUCCUCUCACCAGUGGCACCGUCAUCGCCAACUUUGUCACACCCAUGGAUGCGCCCCAGAACCUGACAGCUAGUGAGAUUAACCAUCGAAGUGCCCUCAUAUCCUGGCAGCCGCCCAUCGCAGACAUCGAUAACUACAUGCUGACCUACAAAGCAGCGGAUGGCAGUCGAAAGGAGCUGAUCUUAGAUGCCGAAGACACAUGGAUCCGUCUCGAGGGGCUGGCGGAGACCACUGAAUAUACUGUGAGACUGCAAGCCGCUAGAGGAUUAGAGACCAGCGCCAUUGUUUCUACAUCUUUCACAACAGGAAACCGAUUGUUUCCCACGCCACAGAACUGUGCGCAACACCUCCUUAACGGAGAGACACUGAGUGGAAUUUACACCAUAUACAUCAACAGAGACUUCAGCCAAGGUGUGCAGGUUUACUGCGACAUGAUCACCGACGGAGGCGGCUGGAUAGUGUUCCAGCGACGUCAGAACGGUUUAACUGAUUUCUCCAGGAAGUGGAGUGACUACAAGAUCGGCUUUGGCAACCUGGAGGAUGAAUUCUGGCUCGGCUUGGACAGCAUUAUGAAGAUUGCAGCUCAAGGUCGUUACGAGCUCCGCAUUGACAUGAAAGAUGGCCAGGAGUCUGUAUAUGCCAACUAUGACAGGUUUUCCAUCGGAGAUUCCAAGAGCCUCUACAAACUGAGGAUAGGAGAGUAUAAUGGCACUGCAGGUGACUCUCUAAGCUACCACCAGAGCAGACCGUUCUCUACUAAGGACAAGGACAAUGAUAUCGCCGUCACCAACUGUGCAAUGUCCUACAAGGGAGCCUGGUGGUACAAAAACUGUCAUCGAGCCAACCUUAACGGCAAAUACGGCGAGUCGAGACAUAGUCAGGGUAUAAACUGGUACCACUGGAAAGGCCAUGAGUUUUCCAUCCCUUUUGUGGAGAUGAAGAUGAGACCUUUCAACUACCGCAGCAUCAGUGGCAAGCGGAGGAGGUCCACCCAUUAAUCUACCCUCCUACUAGCGGUUUCUAUUUUUAGACAGGGCAAGGAGGACAGAAGGAGCGAUGUAACUUAUUUAAAUCUUUGAAUGACAAAAUCUCUUUGACGAAUGUCUGAUGUAAAUUGUUAACCUUGAGGUUCGGUGACUUUCUUAUGUGUAAUGCUUUUUGUUAAGGUCUGGGAGAUUAAAGACUAGGUAGGCUUUGGUAUUUUUAGCACAUGUGCAGUAUGAGGCAUGUGGAAAGAACCUCAUCAUUGUGAAGAAAAGAGAUCAGUUCUCCCUUUGAGAUUAAUGAUUUUAGAAGAAAAUGAAUGCCCGUUAAAAUGAGAUGCUUAUAUUUUUAUAAAUGAUGAGAAAUACCUUUAAAAAAAAAAAAGUAACUGAAUGAUUUUUGGUCAGUUUUGAUUCAUGUUCAUGUGUCCCAUUACAGUGUUAUAUUUUUCAUUUACUGCACCCUGAAGCCAACAAUAUUUGUUUUAGUGUUUGUAUUUUCAUCUCCUAUUUAAACUUGCAUUAACAGUCGGCCAUUGUACUGUUGCAGCAUUGCAGCAAAUGCAGGGUUUUCUGGAAAAGAUGAGACAAAAACACAAAAUGUUGUGAUUAUUAUUUUUGAAACCUCGGAAACCAAAGAUUUUUUCAGUAUCUGGGGUCAAAACAGAUUGAUCUAAAAAAAAAAAAAAAAAGGAAUAAUCACACGAUUUUCAGUCCCAUAAUGUGCCCCGUAUUUGCUGAUUAGUAAUACUUUUAAAUCAUCCCACAUCAGUUUUUUAAGGUAUAAAAU